AUGACCACCGUCACCCCCGUAGACGAGGCCCCACCACACGUGACCAGAAACUGUCACAGCCAGACUCAGCAGGCCCCAGCCACAAAGCGACUGACACUCGACGAGAUAUUCGAAAGAUUCGGGGCAAAGCUGUUAGACCGCAAAGGGCAAGCAAUAAAUCUACAAGUACCCCCGACAGGAGCAAAAGAUGGCAGCAAGAGGAGGCCUGGGAAACCUCUCGAGGGCCCAAACUUGUCCCCAUCUUCUACACACAACUCAAGCAGCCCACCCAGGCUGGAAGCCAAGAGGAACCCAACCCGCAAGUACCAGCCACACAUAGGGAGAGCUAAAGGACGCCCGCACAGACAAAAUGUAAUACAUCCCCAAAAUGGAAGACCCUGGACCUCAACGGACUCCAGGGUCAUGCAAACAGGUACCGGCUAUCACACAACCCUGGGGCUGGAGGGGCGCCCUGCCUUCACACUGCUAGAGUGCUCCCCAAUGCGGACUGAACACACAAGUACGCAGAGACGAUUGUAG